AUGUCAAACAUAGUCACAGUAGUUCAAAUGUACCACUCGUGUUUCGGCACUUCAUACAAAACAAUUAGGUUAUGUCCGCUGCGAGAUAUGUCAAUAUUUUUGUCUUUCCACAAUUCCCGAAGAAAAUGUAUGACAUUGUCAAGAAAUAUUGUACAAGAUUUAAAACUCAUAUAUCUUAAAAACAGCGCCUACCAAAAACACAGAAAUUACUCACAAAUAUUGCAAGAAAAAAAUAGUAUUGAAAAGGUGACCAAGAGAUUAAAUAGUCAGAAAUAUGUACCUUUCAUGCAGGAAAUUAAUUUUCGUAUGGAUGAAGCCAAUAGAAGCAUACUUGUGCAAGUCCAUUCAUCACAAUCAUAUAAAGAGUUAUAUUCGUACUGUAAUACAUUUGGAAAUGUUAAGAAAAUGAUGCAUUAUUCUUGCGGAGUGGAACCUAUGCAUUUUAUUAUAGUUGAAUUUGAAGAAGAGUCAAAUGUAAAAGACAUCUUAUCAGCAUCUACACAUACUGAAGACAGUCAAGUUGUACCAACCUAUUCACAGUUUUUAUGGUUUAGAGCUUCCAGUAGGAAGUUGUCUAAGUUAAAGCAAAGUAAAACUGCAGUUUUAACAUGUGAAGAUGCUACAACAAUUGUGAAAGAGUCGGAAGUUAAGGAUAUGUUAUUAAAAUGUGAAGAUGUUUCAGAACAAAUGAUAACUUUAUAUGAAAACACCAAACUAAAUGAUGUAGGGAGUAGAUUAAGGUUUCUCACAGCCAAGCAGUUGGAAUCGACAGUAUCAGGAAUGUUUCCCAAUGCAAAUGCCUUUCCGUUUGGUUCCUCUGUAAAUGGUUGUGGAAAAAUGGGCUGUGAUUUGGACUUGGUACUAAGGUUGGACAAUGUGAAAGAAAAUAACAAAAGUAGACUUAUUUAUCACUGCAAAGCAUAUUCAGGUUCUGAAAGAAGCACUUCCCAGAGACAUAUGGAAACUAUUGGUGAUAUAAUACAUUUGUUUUUGCCUGGUUGUUCACAAGUUAGAAGAAUUUUGCAAGCUAAGGUGCCAAUAAUCAAGUACCACCAACAUUUGACAAAUGUUGAGUGUGAUUUGUCCAUGACCAAUAUGUCUGGUGUUUAUAUGUCUGACUUUCUUUACAUGAUGGGUUCUAUAGACCCCAGAGUAAGGCCCCUAAUUUUUGCUGUAAGAAAAUGGGCUUCAGAAGUGGGUUUAACAAAUCCAUCACCUGGUAGAUGGAUAUCAAACUUUUCAUUGACUUUAUUGGUAUUGGCUUUUUUACAAAGACCCAUCAACUCUGAACCAAUCUUACCUUCAUUAAAUACACUAACCAAAUUUGCAAGACCAGAAGAUAAAUAUAUUACUGAAGAUGGUAUAAACUGCACAUUCUUAAGAGACCUUAAUUUACUAAGCUUUAAAACAAAAAAUCAAGAAUCUUUGUCAGAUCUACUGGCGGAGUUUUUCGAAUUCUAUUCCCAAUUUGAUUUUGGUUCAAAAGCAAUUUGUUUAAAUGAACCUGUUUCACUGACAAAACCAGAACAUAGUGCAAUGUACAUAGUAAAUCCAUUAGAAAGAGGUUUAAAUGUAAGCAAAAACGUUAGUUUAGAAGAACUAGAAAAAUUUAAGGUUGAAAUAAGAAGUGCCGCUUGGGCUUUAGAGUCCCAAGAAAACAAAAUUGGCAAUUGGGGACUUUUGUCCAUUUUUGAAAGGAGAAACAAUCCUAGUCAGUUUACUUUGUCCAGUAAGCAUAGAAUGAUGGAAGUUAGCACUUUAUUUAAUGAAGAAAAUCCAAUUGAGUUCAAAAAUAAUAACGUUAAAAAUCAGGUUGAAAGUAUAAAAAGGCAUACUCAUGGAAAAGUAAAAGAAGUAGAAAAAAAUAUUAAAAGGCAUACUACGCAGCGGUAGCACUAACUAAGUUUUAUAAUAAUUUUUUUUUUGUUAUACAAAAUAA